AUGACCGCAACCACGAAUCCCCACUUCGACGAAAACACCGAAGCUGAUGAAGUCGCGAAGGCAUUCGCUUCUGGUGUCCAUGGCAAGACGAUUCUCAUCACGGGCGUGAACUUGAAGGGGAUUGGAUUCGCUGCCGCCGCUGCUUUUGCAUCACAAUCACCUGCUCGUCUCAUCUUAUCCGGCCGCAACCUGUCUAAAAUCCAAGAGUGCAUCGAUGCCCUGAAGAAGCACUUUCCAAUCGUCGACUACCGUCCUCUUAAGCUUAACCUCUCCAGUCAAAAAGACGUCCGCGCGGCAGCCGCAGAGCUGCUCUCAUGGACCGACGUACCAACCAUCGAUAUUGUCGUCAACAACGCAGGCAUCAUGAAUCUCCCAGAGCGCACGAUCAACGAAGACGGGAUAGAAAUGACGUUUGCCACCAACCACAUCGGCCACUUCCUCUUCACAUCUCUCAUCAUGCCCAAGAUCCUCACGGCGGCAGCAACGAAUGCCAAAGGCGCGACGCGAAUCGUCAACGUCAGCUCCCUCUCGCCCACAUGGACAACCAUGCGCUGGAGCGACAUGAACUUCGACACGAUCAACAAGAAUCUCCCCCAGGCGGAACAGCCUUCUUACGACAUGCUUCGUACUUGGGGUACUCCGGACCCCGAGAAUGUCGCAUACGCCCCCAUCGAAGCCUACAAUCAAAGCAAGGUGGCGAACGUUCUAUUCAGCAUCGGCGCGAACGCGCGGUUGUACGAGGAAUACGGCAUCCUGAGCCUCGCCGUGCAUCCCGGCGUCAUUGUGACGGAGCUGGGCCGCAACGCUUCGCAGGAAACCCGCAACGCCAUACAGAAGAUGAUGGAGGGCGGCCGCUUCACCCUCAAGAGUCUAGGGGCUGGUGCGGCGACGACACUCGUUGCGGCUCUCGAUCCGAAGUUGGGCAAGGGCGAGGCGAAGAAUGGAAAGCGGAAUUACGGGGUGUAUCUGGGGGAUUGUCAGAUUUCGGAGAAGGCGACAGAGGGCGCAGAGUCGAGUGAAGAGGCUGAGAAGUUGUGGGCGAGGUCGGAGGAGUUGGUGGGAGAGAAGUUUGCGUGGUAG